GGGCCGCUCAGGUAAACAGGCAAGAUGGCGGCGCCGGAGAGGGCGAGCGAGGCGGAGACUGGCCCCGCGGAGACGGAGGCGGACGGACCGGAGGGGUUGGUUCUGCCGCUUCCUCCUCCUCCUCCUCCAGGGCCUGGGCCGGCCCCUCCGAGCCUGGCGGAGCUGCCGGGGGAGCUUCUGGAGCUAAUCGCGUGCUGCGGCCCGUUGAACGCCUCCGACGUGGCCCACCUGGCCUGCACCUGCCGCCGCCUCAGGGAGGCCUGCCAGCCCCGAGGGAAGGUCUGGAGGGAGCAGCUCCGGCUCAGGUGGCCAUCACUUAUGAAAUAUUAUAACCAGGUGGACAGCGUGAAUUGGCUGGAGGAAUACAAACAACGGCAUAAAGCUGGCUUGGAAGCUCAGAGAAUCGUAGCAUCAUUCUCCAAAAGGUUCUUUUCGGAUCAUGUGCCCUGUGACGGCUUCACUGAUAUUGAAACCCUCGAGUGCCCAAGCCACUUCUUUGAGGAUGAGCUGAUGUCCAUCCUUAAUAUGGAAGGAAGGAAAGGCCUGACGUGGAAGUACUAUGCAAAGAAAAUCCUUUACUUCAUGCGGCAGCAAAACAUAUUGAAGAAACUGAAGGUGUAUCUUCAGCGCCCAGCGGAUGAGCAGUGCUUUUUGGAAGGGGCUGUAUUGAUUGACCAGUAUUGCAACCCACUGUCGGACAUCUGCCUAGAAAGCGUCCAGGCCCAGGUUGACGAUAUUGUGGCCAAAGUUCGUAAAUUCCUGAAAUCGAAAAACUCUAGGCACCCAAGUGUGACCCAAAAAGCAGGGGAGGCCUUGAUCGUCUCUCAGGGGGAGCUUCAGAGGCAGGUCCUCGAUGCCAUGAACUACGUCCUCUACGAGCAAUUGAAAUACAAAGGGAACGAGGUGGAUUACUACAAUUCCCUGAAUUCAUACAUUCGCCAGGUUUUGAUCCACAGGACUGGAAUCCCAAUCAGCUUGUCGGUGCUUUACUUGACAAUUGCCAGGCAGUUGGGUGUGCGGCUGGAGCCUGUCAACUUUCCCAGCCACUUUCUGCUCAGAUGGUGCCAAGGGACAGAAGGAAGCACAAACAUCUUUGACUAUGCCUAUAUCGACGCUUUUGGGAAGGGGAAGCAGCUCACUGUGAAAGAGUGCGAGUACUUGAUCGGGCACCACGUAACCGAGGAAUUUUACGGUGUGGCAACAGCAAAGGAUGUUUUGCAGCGAAUGGUGGGCAACUUGUUGAACAUCGGGAAGCGGGAAAGCACCGAUCAGUCCUACCAGCUCCUGCGAGACUCCUUGGAUCUGUACCUGGCCAUGUACCCAGACAACGUGCAGCAUCUCAUGCUCCAGGCUCGAUUAUACUUCCACCUGGGAAUCUGGCCAGAGAAGGUGCUGGACAUCUUGCAACACAUCCAAGCGCUGGACCCCUCCCAGCACGGAGCAGUGGGCUAUUUAGUUCAGCAUACUCUAGAGCACAUUGAACGCCGGAAAGAGGAAGCAGGGCCUGACGUGAAGCUCCACUCGGAGGAGAAACACAAAGACGUCUGCUAUUCUGUCGGCUUGAUUAUGAAACAUAAGAGAUAUGGCUAUAACUGUGUCAUCUACGGCUGGGACCCAGCAUGCAUGAUGGGGAACGAAUGGAUCCGGAACAUGAAUGUUCAUAGUUUGCCGCAUGGUUCCCAGCAGCCCUUCUACAACGUAUUGGUGGAGGACGGAUCGUGCCGAUACGCAGCCCAAGAGAACCUGGAGUACAACAUGGAGCCCCGAGAAAUCCCUCACCCGGACAUUGGCCGCUACUUUGCAGAGUUUGCCAGCACGCACUACCUAGCGAACGCUGAGCUGGAGUUCCGGUACCCCGAGGACCCGAGGCUGACGCUUGCAGAUGUCCAGAAAACGUACGGGAACCAGAAAUGAGCUUCUAUCUCUUUGCUGGUGUGAAAGAUGGUUUUUUUGUGCGGUGGCGGCGGCAGCGAGAGCUGCGUCACGGGAACCGUUCUUGACAGUUCUCCGGCUGAACUAGGGAUCACAAUUUUGCUUGAUAACUAGGGGUGAAGUUUUUUGUUCUUUAACCACCCAGCUGAAGCCGUGCCAAUACUAGUGCAAUACUGCAGGACACUUGAGCUGCUGAGGUGUGCAGAUGCUACUUGGCGGAAAUGACUUCUGUGUGCAAAGUACACAGUCCUCCUUACUGCUCUUGGACUUCGAAAGCUCUUUGUUUCCCCACCAAAGACUCGGGGAGUGUUUGGGGUAGCCCAGAGACUGGAAACAUUGGCACCUUACGGAUAGGGUUAGUCCUCCACAUUUGCGGUUCAAUGAAGGUCUUGAGUUAUGUGCAUAUCCCGGAAAGAACACGGCUUUUUCACAGACCUCAUUGCCCACCGUCAAUUCCAUGCAGCCCUGUGCCAAAAUCUUGGGAAUUAUAUUGAAACUUCUUUGUCCAAAGAUCUUGCACUGAGCCGAUCUCCUCCCAUGGCUCCAAACAAUCACUCAUGCUAGCUUUUUUCUCCAGGCUUCAUGGAUUCCAUUUUACACACACACACACACACACACACACACACACACACACACACACACACACCGCACUCCUCUUGCUCUGCACCAGUCUUGGAAGGAGCUGCUCAUGUUGCUGUGAUAUUUCCUUGUGCCUAAAGAGGAGUAUCCAUGCUGUGCUGUGAAAACCUCAUGUUUGUCAAGACAAAUCUCCUGGUUUUUUUUUUGUGUGUGUGUGUUUGUGUAGUCCAGACCUGCCAACCGUUUGGACCCAAUGAGAAUUUUGAGAGCGUGCCAUGGGCACCAGUCACAAAAUGGCUGCCACAGGUGUGGGUGUGUAGCGUGACAGAAAAUGGCCGCCACCCCC